CCUCCUGGCCAGUCGUCCCACAUAGCAGCUCAACCAAGCCAGCCUCAGUGCAGCUUUCCAGCGACUCACUUGGCCACCAACUUUCACGUUUACUUCCGUCCGCCAGCCACUGCGAUAACCAACAACAUCGCACUAGCAAAGAGGACAAUCGCUCAAUCGUCCAGCACAAGUUAAAGUCAUCACAGAGAGACAAGGUUCGGCAGUUCAUGUCCUUCACGCAGGCAGGGGAGAGGACUGCUGUGUACUGCCUGUCACAGAAUGACUGGAAACUAGAAGUCGCGACAGACAACUACUUCCAAAAUCCAGACCUUUACUAUAAAGAAUCCAUGAAAAAUUCAGUCGAUCGCAAGAAGCUGGAACAGCUCUAUAACAGAUAUAAAGACCCCCAGGAUGAGAAUAAGAUUGGCAUCGAUGGAAUCCAGCAGUUUUGUGAUGACCUAACCCUGGACCCGGCAAGCAUGAGCAUAUUGGUGGUAGCGUGGAAGUUCAGAGCGGCCACGCAGUGCGAGUUUAGCAAGAAAGAGUUCCUGGAUGGAAUGACAGACCUCGGCUGUGACACUCCUGACAAACUAAAGGCCAUCCUUCCCAGACUAGAGCAGGAGCUGAAAGACACUGGGAAGUUUAAAGACUUUUACCAGUUUACCUUUAAUUUUGCCAAGAAUCCUGGGCAGAAAGGUUUAGAGUUAGAGAUGGCUGUGGCUUACUGGAAUCUAGUUCUAACAGGUCGCUUCAAGUUUUUGGACCUUUGGAACACAUUCCUGCAGGAGCAUCACAAGCGCUCUAUCCCCAAAGACACAUGGAACCUCCUUCUGGACUUUGGCAAUAUGAUUGCAGAUGACAUGUCAAACUAUGAUGAAGAGGGAGCAUGGCCUGUUCUCAUAGAUGACUUUGUGGAGUUUGCAAGACCACUUGUAAUGGGGGGCAAGAGCGGCAAGACAUAGUCUUUGACCCUCAUGCUGUGACUGGACUUCUCUCCCAGUUUUGCUUUUUUUUUUUUUGUGAGUGAUGAUUUUUUUUUUCAAACACAUAAGCCAAAAAGACAUACCCAGUAGUCUUGCUUGUGGAGUUGUCGAACAUUGAGCCUGCAUAAAAUACCUGGUUGAUCAUGGAUUAAGCUGCACCAAGAGGUUUUUAUGUCCACUUCAAGUGGACUUCAGAAGUGAUGGUCACCUGGUACUUCUCAUUUAUGGACAAACAUUCAUCAUACUGCUAUGGACUUGGCUCACUGACCUAAAUCUUUUGCACAAGAAGCUGGGACAGCAAGAGUGAGCUUUUUGGACAGCAGCAGGUGGUGUCUUCCUGUUUUUAGUUAAUGGAACAGCACACUGAAUCAUGCAUGUUUCUGUUGAAUGAAGCGGUGCCAUUGACAAGCUCACUGACAAUCACAGAGCUGAGGAAAAUGUGCACUUGGUUGUCAUUGUAUGAGUGUUUUGGGUUGGGCUCAUGAUGAACAUUUUAAUUUGCUUUUAUAUUAGCAACAUGGUGAUUCACUUUUGAAUGUGGAAUGAGUUAAAUAUCCAGCUCUGCAUUUUGUACUUGAGUUUGACAGUUCAUCAGAGCAUACAUUUCAAGUUUAAUACCAGCAAAGUUACAGUAAUUGUAAUACUGUACCUAAGCAUUAGUAGUUGUACCUCAAUUGUGUACACUUUUAAAAUACAACUGCCUUUUUCCCCCAAAUAAGUUAAGCACUUUGUAAAGAGCAACACAAGAAACUGACUGGCACAUUAAUUGUUUUCUAUAGUACCCUGGUGGAUGAUGACUUGCCAACUACAAACUGCACUGAUUCAGUUUUCCAAACUUUUAUCACACUUUAAGCUGCUACAUUUUACGUCAACAUCCAAUCCCUCUGAGCAAAAUGUUCCAAACUUUGAUCACACUGUAAGCUGCUACAUUUUACUUCAAAAUCUAGUCCACCAGUAUUUUUGAAUGUAUUUUGUUGACACUGUUUGAGGUUUUAGUUUGAUUCUAUUAAGUAUCGCAGAAAAGGUCUCACUGACAUUGUUGCCGCCAUCUAGGGGUGGCUGUGAACAGUACUUCUCGGCUGGACUCGUCUGAACAAGCCUCAAUUGGUUAAGCAAGGCUUAAUGCCCAGUUGUUUUCCAUUCGGCUUAUUUCCCUGAUACAUAUUGCACUGCUGUCCUCACAAAGCUGUCAACUUGUAGGAUCUUUAAACCUGCAUUGAAUGUGAAUGCGACAAAACAAGUUUUAUCCACAAUUGAGUGACGCCCAUGUUUCACAACACCAGGCUGUUUGUGUACUUCUGGUAUACUGUAGGAUUGUGCACAUAACUAUUCCGUAUAAAAAUAUGGAGAUGAUGUGAUACCUGGCUUAAAAGCAGGAAAAUCUGACAUCCUAAAGACGGCAGCCUGUUACAUUUGGUACGUGUCAUCUGAUGCUGGUCACCUUAACUGUUUUCCAUGGCAAAGGAAAGGGAUUCUUUUGUCUCAAAGGUGUAGUUGUUUUACAAAAGAAAGUCAAUAAAGCAUGUGUGUGAAAUGGA